GCCGGGCCGGGCCGGCCGAGCCCGGCGAGACCGCGGCGGAAAGUGCCACGACUCCACACGGCCGCGGCGCUGAGGAGGGACCGCGACCCGCACGGGGCGGAGAGCGGAGCUCCGGGAGCGGGAGUGUCGGGGGUUGUCCCUGCCGGCAGCGCUCCUGGGGCCGGGCUGCCCGGCUGCCGGCAGGAUCAGGCCUCCCGGUUCCCUGGCCCCGUCCUGCUGGAAGAACGCUGCCCCGGCCGUGCCUCUGCCCGCUGGGGAGGAAAGCUCGCACCGGGGGGCAGGGAAGGAGACAAGACCUUAUUGCUUUGAGGGGGGGCCGGGCAGUGUCUCCCCCACACAGCGGCCGGUCCCUUAGGCGCUGCCUGCUGCUUGCCCUGAUGGCCCGGGAGAUAAUGGUGCCUUUUGGAAAAAGCCAAAAUCUCAGCCGUGAAACUUGUGUGUUGGGUCAGCCAGCUUUGCCUGACCUGUCUCUGUGCGUUUAGGAAGGGAAGAGCUUUUUAUUUGUGUGUUUUCUUCCCCUGCUGCGAGGGGCUGUGGAGGGAACCGUGGGCGCCUCGCAGGCAGGUGUUGCUGUGGGCUGUGCAGCGCCCAGCUGUGCGACCCCAGUUCUCACUUUCUCUGCCCUCUGACCACCCCAUCACCUCCUCCUCUGCGUGGCUCUAACCUGAGAUGCCACUUCAACAGCAAAGUGCAAGCCUUGGAUUGCAGGAGGAGUGGUGUCCUGCUUCCAAAGAGCAUCUUUUCCCAUCUGCAGCACCUAUCCAGACCAGGAGAAGAUAACAAAUAUUUUCCUUUUGGCUGCCUAAAGAAGGAAGUUUUCUGUAGUUACUGCACAACCUUGUCUCCUCCUUUGCCUCUGCCCACCUGGCGCUUGACCCAGCCGAUUUAAACCAGGGUUGGUGGAGGGCUGAGUCUCAACGAUACUGAAUUCCCGUGGAUUUCAUGGAAGUGGUCGCAGAAGGGAGGAAAGGCUGAAGAGGUGGGAAAGCUGUAGCCUGGUUUCGGACACUUAGCUGUCUCUGGCAAGCACAGAAGAAUAAGGCAGGAUGGAUGUCUACGACCCUCAGACGCUGGGUGUUAUGGUCUUUGGAGGUUUUAUGGUGGUAUCAGCCAUCGGGAUCUUCCUGGUGUCCACCUUCUCCAUGAAGGAGACUUCUUAUGAGGAAGCCUUGGCCAAGCAACGCAAAGAGCUUAAGACGACCCAGCAGCAGAAAAAAGAGACAAAGAAGAAAGAGAAACCUGUUGAGAAAAAAGGAAAAGGAAAGAAAAAGGAAGAGAAGCCUAAUGGAAAGAUCCCAGAGCAGCCCCUGACUCGGGAAGCAAGGGACUCUCCCAAGCAGGUGGUUGUUAAGCCUGCUGUGGUGCCUGAGCCUGUAACCGUUGCAUCUCCGGUUGCAACGGUGUCCGUAGCCCCCCAGGAAAAGGAGAAACCUGCUCCGUCACCUAAGGAGAAGAGGAAGAAGGAGAAGAAGGUGGCAAAGGUAGAGCCUGCUCCCAGCCCGGUGUUGGCUUCGCCUCCUGUCAGCGUCUCCAAAAGUUCUCCUGUCCUGGAGGUGACCCCUAAGGAGGUGCCUGUUGUGGCCGUGCCACCGGUUGGCACACAGCAAAGUGCUCCGGUGGUCAGCUCCGUAACCAUCAAGAAAAGCAAUGCUCUUCCAACCCAUGAGGAGCAGAAGCAUAAUGGACCUGUCAAGAAGAAAGCUGCAUCCAAGAAGAAGAGCGAGCCAGCACCUGCGGACUCGGAUGGGCCCCUCCACCUGCCCUACAAGACGCUUGUGUCCACGGUCAGCAGCACGGUGUUCAGCGAGGGGGAGGCCCAGCGGCUCAUCGAGAUCCUGACGGAGAAAGCGGGCAUCGUCCAGGACACCUGGCACAUGGCCACGCAGAAGGGUGACCCUGUCACUGUCCUGAAACGCCAGCUGGAGGAGAAGGAGAAGCAGCUCGCCACAGAGCAGGAGGCUGCAGCCGCUGCCAGAAACAAGAUGCGGGAGCUGAGCAAGGAGCUGGCGGCCGAGCGGGCCAAGGCGACGGCCGUGGAGGGCAAGCUGAGGGAGCAGCUGCUGGCCCGCGAGCAGGAGAUGGCAGCGGUGCAGGCACGCAUGCAGGCCAGCUACCAGGACCAUGUCAGCGAAACGCAGCAGCUGCAGGGCAAGAUCCGCACCCUGCAGGAGCAGCUGGAGAACGGCCCCAACACGCAGCUGGCUCGCCUGCAGCAGGAGAACUCCAUCCUGAGGGAUGCCCUCAACCAGACCAGCAGCCAGAUGGAGAGCAAGCAAAACGCUGAGGUGGCCAAGCUACGGCAGGAGUGCAGCAAGCUGAUGAAAGAGCUGUCUGAGAAGUCGGAGGUGCUGCAGCAGGAGGAGCAGCAGAGGAAGAGCUGGGAGAUCAAAGCAUUGGCCUUGGAGAAGCAGAUGGAGCAGCUGCAGGCUUCCCAAAGGGAAGUGGAGGCGACGCUGCAGAAGAGGCUGGACGAAGUCAGUGACGAGCUCUGCAGAACCCAAACCAGCUACAAAAGCUUGUUAGCGGAGGCAGAAAAGGCCAAAGGACAGCAGCAGAGCAUUGCUGAACUGCAGGCCAAGCUGCUGAGCUCCGAAACAGAGGUCAAAAGCAAGUUGCUGGAGCUGGACAACAUGAAGGGGAAACUGCAGGAUGCCAGCUUGGAGAAUAUGAGACUCCUGGAGAGGAUCAAAUCCAUCGAAGCUCUGCUGGAGGCAGGCCAGAUGAGGGAGGCAGAAAAAGACAGAGACUUGCAGGCAGCCAACGAAGCAGAAAUGAAGCAGCUGCGGUCAAGGCUCCAGGAGAAGAUGGACCAACUGUCAUCCUUGGAAAGGGAGGCCACAGAGCUGCGAGAGGCGAUGGAGCAACAGAAGAUUAAAAACAAUGACCUGCGUGAGAAGAACUGGAAAGCAAUGGAAGCGUUGGCCACGGUGGAGAAGGUGUGCGAGGAAAAACUACUUGCUGCUACAAAAGCAAAGGAGGAGCUGGCCCAACAGCUGGAUGUGCUCCAGACGCAAACCAAGGAGACGCUGCUCUCUGUCCUCCCUGGGGUCGAUGUGUCCUCGCAGCAGGAUUAUGACAUGUGGCUACAAGAGCUGAAGGAAAAGACCAUGGAUGCGUUAAAGCAGCAGAGAAUUGCAACAGAGCCACUGGAUUCAGCACUUAAAUUAAAAGAGGCAGAGGAAGCGCAAAGCACUUUACAAGCAGAAUGCGAGCAGUACAGAGCUAUCCUUGCAGAGACAGAAGGGAUGCUGCGAGACCUGCAGAAGAGUGUGGAGGAGGAGGAGCAGGUGUGGAAGGCAAAGCUCACAGCAUCUGAAGAGGAACUCCAGAAGUCACAACUCCAGCUGAAACCUCUUGAAGACAUGGUGGAGAAGUUGAAAGCAGAUCUGCAGAGCACAGAUCAGCUAAAGGAAUACACGUCUCUUCUGGAAAGGCAACUGGAAAAUCACUUGGAGACAGCCAGCUCCGAACGCCAGAACUACACAAAAGAAGUUGAAGUUCUGAGGCAGCUCUUGUCAGAGUCCCAGGAGCAGCUGGAGGCAGCAAAGACAGAAACACAGAAGCAGAGCAAGGAGCUGACCCUGUUGAAAACCCAGCUGGAGCAAAACGAAACACUAGUGGAGAAGGAGCAAGUGCUGCGGCAAAAGCUGGCGCUGGAGCUGGAGGAGGCCCAGAGCUUGGCGUGCAGUCUGCAGGCAGAGCUGGAAAAGCUGAGACUAGCUGAAAAUGCAGCAGCUCCAGGCACGGAGGAGGCCCAGCAUCUCCAGGAAAAACUUGAAAAAGAAAAAAAAUUAACAAAGGACCUGGGCCAGGCAGCAACCAAGCUACAGGAGCUACUGAAGGUUACCCAGGACCAACUGGCCAAAGAGAGAGAAACAGUGAAGAAGUUGAAAGAACAACUUCAGGAAACGGGGGAAGAGGACAGUUUGAAGGAAGGGACUUCAGUCUGACGAGUCUGUGACCUAGACCUUACCGUCACCUUACCAAAAUGCCUUACACAUUCCUAAAACUAAAAUAAAAAUAUAUGCUGAA